AUGAACGGACAGCCGCAGUACAGAACGCAACAAAACAACGUGGAGCUCUUUAUCGCAAACUUCGACGAUGCUAAAGGGUGGUUCAAUGCUUGGUCUGGCUCGAAUGGGCAAUGGCAGUGGAGGCCGUGGGGGGAAGAACCAUCUAGGCCAAAACUGUAUUAUGCGUCAGCAUUACAGUAUAAGGCCGGGUUCGAUUAUUUUGCGGUGGAUGGCAUGGGACGAAUAACAACCGGCAAUCGGCCAUUUGAGUGCACCAUUCAUCCCUACACAGGCAAAUUUGAGAAACUAUGCGUCCAGACUCGGGAUUCGUUUUGCAAUCUAGCCAACAGCACCUGGGACCGCACCGUGCUGAGACAAUCCGGACCUGGAUUGCUGCGUCUUGCAUUGUUCACUCGCCAAGGCAUUCACAAAUCAAAACGAGCAGACCCUGAUAAGUGGGAUGCAGGGGAUUGGCUUUCAGUCAUGAUCAGGUGGAUUCCCGCAAGCGUGGGCAUGAGUCUGCUGAUCUUUCUGCCACAAAAUGGUCUGCCAGCAGACAAAAACCCACACUCGUAUUUGCCCUUUCGAUACAACGGGUAUAGAUAUCCACGUAUGGCUCGCAACUUCUGGGAGAACAGGAAAGAAAUAUAUGAGCUGCACCCCAGCGAUGCUGGGGCCGCCACAGACGACAGCUUGCAGAUGUAUCGAGCCUUCAAGCCUCGUUUUCUCUGCUACCUUGAAGAAAAGACUGAUGAAGAUGGGAGAGUAAGAUGGCAUUUUGUAACAAAGCCUGUGAGACCGAACCAGAACGAUCACACUCCAUAUGUUUUCAUAUCUUAUACAAAAGAGCAAUUUGACAUACCAAAUGAUUCUCAGGCAACGCAUCAAAACUAUCAAAACUUGUUUGCUUGGGCAAUCAACGCCACAGCUUAUUAUGCAGAGAAUCUCGUAGAAGGUGCGAGAACGCCGAAGGCAUUUUGGAUCGACUGCAAAUGCCAACCAGCCAAACGAGUUGACGCAAGUGGUCAAGUGAAUGAUAAUUUAUCAGAGCGUGAGAAAAAGGAGCUCAUAGAUCGUGAUAUCUAUACUAUGAGCGAUAUCAUCCGAGGCGCCGAAAGUACCAUUGUUAUCACGCACAGUGUAACGGAUUCUGUAAGCAACGACUUGCUGCGUGGUUGGGGAGAUCGCGUGUGGACUUUACCAGAAGUGAUUCUCAGUAAAGGUAGCAAUGUAACGCUGGUCGUGCAUGGUGGAAAGCCAGAGCUUGUCCCCAAAGUCCGGCUGGCCGAACUAGCAUGGAAGGAUGCUGGUGAGGCGCGGCAACUUGUGGAACAUUAUACAAAUCUCCAUCUAAGCCGUCUUGAGCUGGUCAGCAUUGCGAUAAAAGCUCUGGCGAGACGAAGCCUCAAGGGGCACCAUGAAGGGGACCGGAGUUACGCCCUGAUGGGUCUCCUACGAGUCAGACCACUCAUCGACAGCCAAGACACGUCAUUUCAAGCGUUUGCAAGCAGGUUGUCACUACCGCAGGAUAACGACCGGCUAAUGGAACGUUUGAUCUGUUUGUUACCAAGAAGCCCAGACGAACCUUGGGAUAGCAUGUCAGAUAUAUUCAACUCAAGCCUCUGGGAUAUAUAUCCCGACACUCAAGUUUGUGGCAUCGGGGAAAACGAUACCAUUGUUGUGGAUGGAUUCAGAGGUGCCUUGAUCCAAUGGUCCAUGUUCUCACCGGUGCAAACAAUGCACCGUCAGACCCUUCUGAGAAAAAUCAUCCUCAUGGCGACUGCAUGUAUACCAAUUUUGAUGAUUGUCGGGCCACCGAUGCUCUCCACAGGAGUUAGCUCACAAAACACCGGCCCAACCGGCCAGACCGAUUCUGGCAGGGACCUCAGAAUCGCCGGUGGGGUUUUGACGGCAAUUGCACUCCUCAUACUAUUCUCGGCGCCGCUUUACGUCCCCCACAUGUACAAUGGGAAGUUGUACGAGGUGGAACCAUGCCUGUUUGGCGUCGAAGGCUACGUUCCUCUUCCAGAGGUGGAAGAACUAUUAUUUGGCUUUCGCCUGAAUAGACUCAAGUGGAGUACAUACGGGUCUCCACUCUCACGACAUCGACACAGUUCUGCUUAUCGCGAGAGAACAAGCAGAGAACAGGAAUACACAGAGUAUGACGAUUGUAACUCGCCACCAACUCCCAUGGGUCCGCCUACGGGUACCCGAAAUUUCACAUGGACAUAUCCAGUCGAUGCUGUUGACCCUUGCGCGUUCUGUGAGAACUGCGAAGGAAGUGAUGGUCUGUUUUGCACGAACAGCCAUGAGACAAUAAGCUCCAUAGAAUGCAAGAGUCGAAGCGAGUAUGGGGAGAUGAAGCUUCGUGUUUCUGGAGACACUGACAGAUACCCGGAAUACUAG